UUAUAGAGAUCAGCUGGAUACAUUGACUGAUACACGUAGACAGGUAAUUUUAAUUUAUGUACAAAUAUCAUUUUAUAGUAUUCAUAGUCUAUUGAAAAAUGAGCUUACUAAUCGGAUUUUAUUUUGAACUCUAUCAAUUUUUGUGGGAGCCAUACACAGAUCAGAUAUUGUCCAUAUUAUCACAGAGUUACACGAAUGGACAUGAUAUAUGGACUGCUAGGGUAUCGCUUAUUUAUUUUGAUAUGGUAGAAUGACACCUUUCAGAUCAUGUGUACAACAGUUUGAUCGGAUUCAGGACAUCCCAGAGCAGUUUGAUACUAGCCAAUGACUUCAUUGUAUUGAUCAACGAAGGAGAGCUCAUAUUGAUUGGCAUAUCCGACAUGCAAAGUAUAUCACCAUUUAAAAUGCACGAUGAGAUCAUAUAGUUCAUGGUGAUCAUAUAUUGGGAGGUCAUCCAUAUACCAAGGACUUCAUGACUUGGUUUCUUAGCAUUAUAGUAUCGAUCAUCAGGCAGCCUCGGUAUGCAAUUUCAUAAUAUGAAGACUGAUCAUUUGUCGGAUCUUAUAUUGGAUACUCGUCGUGCUCUAUCUACGAUUGAUGAAGACGAGCAGAUCCGGAUACUGCGGGAGAUAGAAAGAUCAUGUUUAGGGAUAUUGACGGCGAUUGGAGCAUCCUAUGCACCAGAUAUGAGAUAUACACUGUUACCAUAUACUUCAGAUAUGCCAGCACCAUGUAUUUCGCAGAUGUCAUCGCCACAUGCUGCACAUAUGUCACCAUUUUUUGAUCCACAGAUGCCAGAGCCUUCAUCUUCCUACAUGCCCCAGAUGACAGUACCAGAUCCGAGUUGGCAUCAUGACACUUCAUCUGAGUGGUCUGAUCUUUUUGUUACAGGCUCAUCAUUGGAUCUAUAUGAGGAAGUUGAGGGGGUCACUCAGCUCGUAGAUGUUCCAGCAGUACCUGUUAUUCCUGAUAUACAUGUUCAGGAGACAUCCACUGUUAUAGAAGAGGGACCAUUACAGGUGACACAGGAGCAGGAGCGACUGUUAAAAACCUUCGUGAGAAUGUCCAAGCAGCCACAGGCAUCAUGACGUCCUUGGGGGACUUAUAUUUUUUGAA